CAGCCUCACGCCUGCCCUGCCCCGGGACCCUGCGCCUCGCUGACAGCAGCGGAGACACCUGGGCCGCCCCGCCAGCGAGCGAGGCAACGCAGCCGCCCGCGCCCCGCCGCGAGGGGAGGCUCGCCGCGCCCCGCCUGGAGGAAGAAUCAGGCUGGCCUUAAACUCACUAUGUAGCCGGGGUUGGCCUCAAACUCCCAGUGAUACUACUGCCUCAGUGUCCUGAGUGCUAGGCUUACAGAUCAAGGAUGCUCCGACGUUGCUGCCUCUCACACUGACCACAGAGACGGAGAGAGAAGCCAUUGUGUGUGAGACUGGACCAGAAAGAGAGUGGACUGGGAAUGCUGCUAGGGGCACAAGGAAUGCAGUCAUCUCUUGGGAGCCUCUUCUCUACAUCUUGCACAAACUGCUACUUCCUCGUGGCAAAAGUCAUGUAGGAGGAGUUUGCUAUCAGCCACCCAAAACUUUUGCUGAGCCCAAACAAGACUUUUGUUGCAGAACUGAACAAGAUAUUAUUUCAUUUCACUUCAUUUCAUUUUUGCAUCCUUCAUCCUUCUUAGUUUUAGUUUUAGCUGUUUAGCUACGUCCAUUUCAAGCUGCAUUCAUUACUAUUAUUUUUUGUUUACACUUUUCAAAAUGAUUGACUUAAGCUUUCUGACAGAAGAAGAACAAGAAGCCAUUAUGCAGGUUCUGCAGCGGGAUGCUGCCCUGAAAAGGACCGAAGAGGAGAGAGUAAGACAUUUGCCUGAAAAAAUUAAGGAUGACCAACAGCUAAAGAAUAUGAGUGGACAAUGGUUUUAUGAAGCUAAAGCAAAAAGACACAGAGAAAAAAUCCAUGGUGCAGAUAUUAUCAGAGCGUCCAUGAGAAAGAAAAGGCUCCCGGUGGCAGCUGAGCAGAGUAAGGACAGAGCAAUCAGGGCAAAGGAAAGCUGGGUGAAUAAUGUCAACAAAGAUGCUUUCCUUUCCCCAGAGCUAUCUGGAGUUGUAGAAGAGCCAGAAGACAAGGCAGCCCCAGCAAACCUAAGUGUGGUGAAUUCAGCUUCUUCUAUGAUUAACAUGUCCCAGGAAAAUACAAGGAAAGCACCUUUGUUUCCAGCCAAGCAAAGGAAGAAUCCAUUUAAUAGCACUAAGUUGCCAGAAGACCACUUAUUGCAACAAACCAAAAGUGAACAGUCAAAAAAUGAAAGCACUGGUUUACUUCAGAUUUCAAAAGAGGGUGAAUUGUCAGAGUCAAAAGAAAAGUCAUCUAUCCAAGAUACAUCAAGCCAGAGCUUAGAAGAAUCAAAACAGACUGUGCCAGUGGAUCCUGCAAAUGUGUCCCAAAUCAAAGCUCCAAUCCCCAAAUCCAGAAAAUUCAUUUACAAAUCGAAUGAUUUAAAGCAAGAUGAUAACCAGUCUUUUCUUAGACGAAGGACAGAUUCCCUGAAUGCAAGAGGGACUCCAAGAGGAAUUCUCAAGCGCAACUCCAGUUCCAGUAGCACAGACUCUGAGACUCUUCGUUUAAAUCACAACUUUGAACCCAAAAGCAAAAUUGUGUCACCUGGCAUUACCAUCCAUGAGAGAAUUUCUGAGAAGGAACAUUCUUUAGAAGAUGACCCUUCCCCAAAUUCUCUGGAGCCAUCGAAGCAUGUGAGGUUCUCUGCAAUGAAGGACGAACUUCCACAGAGUCCUGGGCUAAUCCGUGGUCGGGAAGUGGGAGAAUUUAGUGUUUUAGAACCUGACGGGUUGAAUAAUGGAACAGAAGAUUCAGGAGACAUAGAUGAGCUUCAGGAUGACCCGAAGCCCUCCCAGUAUGAAAAGCCUCUACCCUUUCGUCAGUCAGCCUCAAGCCCAAGUGCAUCAGAAAAUGAAACAUAUCACCCAGUGACAUCUAGUUCUGUUCCAAAUGAUGGGCUCCAGUCUUGUUCGGAAGUUCUAAAGGAGGAACCACAGUCCACUGAGAAUUCACCCACAAUCAGUGAACACCAAAUUAAAUCAUCAGAAUUAACAAGACUUGAACCAGAAUUGUCCCAAAACCCUGCUGAUGAACUGUCUCAUUGUGUUGAGCCUGAGCCAUCUCAGGUGUCAGACUGCAGUUCUAGAGACCAUCAGCAAGGUAAGCCCCCUCUUCUCAACACUCUAAAAGUUGAGACAUCCUCAUGUUCUCGUUCAUAUGCCUCUGAGCUAAGGAAGACAACUGAUGAUUCCAUAUCUAAAGUCCUAGACUGGUUUAACCGAAGUUCUUAUUCAGAUGACAGGAAAUCAUCCCUCCAACAUCCCCAAGGCAUAUUACCCAAAGGAAGGAUAGACUCAAAAUCACAAGUUCCUAUUGCCUUUGUGACAGAUGGUACAAGUUUAAAAGAAAAUGGCUCAAAAGCCCUGUCACCUACUAAAGUUGAAUUGAAGCCUGUAAGAUCUGAUUCAACAUUUCAAGUAGAAAAAGAGAAGCUGCUUUUUGAAGAAUGCCAAGAUAAUGAUGUGAAUAUUAAGUCCAAAUAUGUGAAUUUGUCCCAAGAAGAUACCUCAAAAGAGGAUCUGAAUAUACUGCAACCACUUGAAAGCUGUGCUGUAUUAAGUCAAGGGAAUAAAAAUAUGGACUGUUGUCAAAGUUCAAAAAAUAUAGGAAAAGGAGAUGAGGUACCUCCCUCAACCAGUUACUCCUCCAGUGUUCUUAAAGGCUAUGGUGCAGAAGAACAAGUUACAUAUAACACUAAGAAUAUCGGCAGUUUCAAUAGAGAAGAACCCAAGCUUCAUGAUAAUGAAAAACAUAAAACAAACUCAGAAGUCAAUUUUCACUCUUCAACAAUUGUCCAAGAAUUAAAUUUGAAGGACAACACGCAAGCAGAGAGAAAGAGCAAAGAGGGAAAUACUUCUAUCCUGGAAGCUUCCUUAGAGACAGAGAAUAGUGAGCUACCACCUUGGGCUGCCAACAAAGGAUCUCUUUGGAAGAAGCCUGAAGUCCAACCACAGAAGGAAGCUGGUGAGCUUCCAAAGAACCAAGUACAAAGAGAAAAAUACAAAAGAGUAAGGGAAAGAAUAUCAUUUUGGGAAGGAGAGAGAGCAGUUGCUACUAAGUUAAGUCAUAAAGAACCCACAUCUUCAUGUAUCCAGGAACAGCCUCCUGCUAAAGCGUUGCAGCCUAUACAGGCACAGGGUGUAUACAUGGACAGUUUAUCUACAGACCAGAGUGAAUAUACUCAAGUCACUGCCAAACUAGUAGUCCUUGAUGAAGAUACUCAAGCAUUUCAUCUCUCCAGCUGUUACUCCUCAAAUAAACCUGAAGAGACCAGCCCCCUAAUAUCUGGUCCAUCCAAAAACUGCCCUUCAGCUAACCAGUCAGAUAAAGUGUCUCUGUUUCAUAAUGAGAGAAAUGGACAUAGGAAAAGAUUGCCAGUGGAAGACAGUUUGCACUCUAGAAGAGAUACUACUUUACAAGUACUGCAACAUCCGUCAAAUACUGACAAUGGAAUACGUACUUCUGUGGAGAAAGACAGAUUUCUAACUGGUGAAUCAAGUGCCAACUUUAAAGUUAUGUCCCUAAAAGAAAGAAUGGAUGAACACAAUACAGAACAGAUCUAUAAUCAGUCUCAGUUUGAGAAUUUGAAAAAAUUUUGGGCCUCAGGAACUAAUUUAAACAAUUCAAACAAUAAGGAUAAUUAUGAGAUGACAACUACAAGCCAGAAAAAUUCUGUGGCUUUUAAUAGCCAGAAACACAAGAAAUUAAGUGACAAUAAAUCAUCAGGUAAAAAUAUCCAUGAAACAGAGGCACUUUUUAGCCAAAGAAACAUUACGGCAGGAGGAGAAAUGGAAAAAGUCCACUCAAAGAGCAUAUUCCAGGGGCUACCAGAUGAAAUCACAUUUCCUUUAAAAUCACCCAGAAAGUCCACUCACCAACUGACCGGAAAUGACUCAUCAAAGGAAAAUGGGGAAAAGAAUAUGGAAUGGUUUGUUACUCCAGUACCUAAGGAAGAAAAUGAUUGCUCCAAUCAAGAGAUUCAAGAAUCCAUAGUGAAAACAAGUGUCCUGUCUAAAGACUACAAAGUUACUUUUAAUGACAGCUUACAAAAGCUGCCUUCAAAAGUUUCAUUACCAGUAAAUCAACCUUCUGGUGGAAAAGUUUGUGGAAAGCAGCUACUUAAACCAGGUGUUUCUGAAGAUGGGAAAUGGCUUCAAAAGACAGAUUUGGCUGACAAUAAACAAGAAUCCAAAGGAUUUAUGGAGAUUCCUAGUGAGCAUGGAGACAACAUGAUAGAACCACGUCUAGACAAACUCUUUAAAGAAGCUAUUGGAACCUCACACUCUCCCUUGCAAACUGAGAUGAAACCUGGUACCACCAGGACCAGCUCCCAACUUAAAGAGGGUAGAUUUUUUGAAAAGGAGAUAAAAGAAAAUCAUAAUACUUCAUUCUAUCAGAGCGAAAUAUUACCUCCUUUUCCAAAGGGGGAUGAAACUUCGGGAAAUGUAGCUGUCACCCAGAAAGCUGGAAGUGAUGAGUUCCAGCUCAACAAAGAAAACUUGUUUCCGACGACUGCAGAGCUUUCUCCUGCACUGGCACAGCCUUCACAUCUUCACAGAAAAGGUUCGUUUGAGGAUGUGGCCAGCUGUCCACAACAUAUGUCUUUUUCUGGGGAUGCUCAUCUUGCUCACCAAGAAAAGGCAUUAUCUUCUCAAAGAGAAAUUUCAGAGACCAUAGAGAGAGUCAUUCUUCCACCCAGACCUGCACUGAGUGAUGUAAAUGACGCAUUACAGAGGCUACUUAGAGAAGUUUCCUUGAGUUAUCCAUCUGGGACAGAAGUAGGUCCUGGAGAAAUAAAACCAAAUUUUUCUCAAGGAGUACAAACAGUAAGUAAUUGCUCAAAUCCUCUGACAGUGAUCCUACCAGCGGCUGCAAUGGAUACCAUUGUUCCAGACAGGAAGGAUUUUUAUACUUUCACUGUAUUUCCUGAUAAAGCUCAUGAAAUUAGGUCAUGUGUAGCUCUCCAAAAGUCUCCAUCAGAACAGCUCACUAACUCAUCUAUUUCUGCCAUGCCUCAGUGUGGCAAAGAGCAACCUCAGGAAGUAGCAGAAACUGUGACGGAAACAAUUACUCAGCCCAAAUCAGAAUUCCUUGAAUUCAGUACUCACUUAGAGAAACUACUCAAGGAAACACUACAAACCUCCUUAUCAAACUAUGAAAAAGAUACAGGAACCCUUUCUCCAUCAGAGUUUAUAGGGAGUACUGAGGCACCCAAGCAAGCUGCUUCUGAAUUCCAUUCUCAGGAAAUACAAGAAAUAAUAGAAAAGGCUGAGGCUCUGUCAGCAACUGAGAGUGCUUUGGAUACUGGAUUUGAGAAACUUCUUAAAGAAAUAUCUGAGGUUCCUCUUUCUCAGAUCCAGGUGUCAGUGAAGGAGGAAACUCUUGAAAAGGAGCCCUCCGAAUCAGAGCAGCAGGCCAGGUUCUUGGACACAAGGCCCCAUUUUUACUGGGCAACCUCAAAGGGCUUGGAAAUGAAGGGUGAAAGUGAUUUGAAAUCUCAGGUCAACCAGUGUGGUAAAGUGUUGGAAGAAGAUGAAGCUGUGACUGAUUUGUCAGUAAAUCUUUGUGAUUUUUCAAGUAGUAGAAUUCAGAUCUCUGGAACCCCACAACUUUAUGUGGAUCAUGAAAUAGAGACCACUAAAUGUAUACAACCUCCAGAGGACAUGGACAGUGAAAGAGACAGCGGAGUGGGACAAAGGGAUUUUCAGAAACCUGGCUUUGAAGAGGUUCCUAAAGCAAUUAAUGUUUCCAGAAGUAAGCAACCCACCCUUCCCCUGACAAAUAAAAAAGACUCUACAAAAAUAAGCAAAGUUGAAUUGUUGCUAACGUCAUCAUAUAAUAGACAACACAAAGAGCAAGAAAAACAAGGUUUUUCUGAUUCUGAUUUUUCAGAUGGAAACACUGGUUCUCAUGCAGAAAGUUGGAGAAAUACCUCCAGUUCAGAAGAAGAACCCAAUCCCGUUUUGAAACCUUUGGGAAGGAGUGCUGCUAGAAAAAUGCCUUCCAAAAGUCUAGAAGACAUUUCAUCAGAUUCCUCAAAUCAAGCAAAAGUAGAUACUCUGCCAGAAGAAUUAGUACGUAGUGCUGAAGAUGAUCAAAGAGCAGAUCAGGAACCAGAUACAAAUGAAUGCAUACCAGGAAUUUCUACAGUGCCUUCACAACCUGAUAAUCAGUUUUCCCACCCUGACAAACUCAAAAGGAUGAGCAAGUCUGUUCCAGCGUUUCUACAAGAUGAGAGUGAUGACAGAGAAACAGAUACAGCAUCAGAAAGCAGUUACCAGCUCAGCAGACACAAGAAGAGCCCGAGCUCUUUAACCAAUCUUAGCAGCUCCUCUGGCAUGACGUCCUUGUCUUCUGUGAGUGGCAGUGUGAUGAGUGUUUAUAGUGGAGACUUUGGCAAUCUGGAAGUGAAAGGAAAUAUUCAGUUUGCAAUUGACUAUGUGGAGUCGCUGAAGGAACUACAUGUUUUUGUGGCCCAGUGUAAGGACUUAGCAGCAGCAGAUGUUAAAAAACAGCGUUCAGACCCGUAUGUAAAGACCUACUUGUUACCAGACAAAGGCAAAAUGGGCAAGAAGAAAACACUUGUUGCAAAGAAAACCUUGAACCCUGUGUUUAACGAGAUACUGCGGUAUAAAAUUGAAAAGCAAAUCUUAAAGACACAGAAGCUGAAUCUGUCUGUUUGGCAUCGGGACACAUUCAAGCGUAAUAGUUUCCUAGGGGAGGUAGAAAUUGAUUUGGAAUCAUGGGACUGGGACAACAAACAGAAUAAACAACUGAAGUGGUACCCUCUAAAGCGGAAGACAGCACCAGUUGCCCUUGAAGCAGAAAACAGAGGUGAAAUGAAGCUAGCUCUCCAGUAUGUUCCAGAGCCAAUUCCUGGUAAAAAGCUUCCUACAACUGGAGAAGUGCACAUCUGGGUGAAGGAAUGCUUUGAUCUUCCGCUGCUAAGGGGAAGCCAUCUAAAUUCUUUUGUUAAAUGUACGGUUCUUCCAGAUACCAGUAGGAAAAGUCGCCAGAAGACAAGAGCUGUAGGGAAAACAAACAACCCCAUUUUCAACCACACCAUGGUGUAUGACGGGUUCAGGCCUGAAGAUCUAAGGGAAGCCUGCAUAGAGCUCACUGUUUGGGACCAUUACAAAUUAACCAACCAGUUUUUAGGAGGUCUUCGGAUUGGCUUUGGAACAGGGGAAAGCUAUGGAACUGAAGUAGAUUGGAUGGAUUCCACUUCAGAGGAAAUUGCUCUCUGGGAGAAGAUGGUAAACUCCCCCAACACUUGGAUUGAAGCCACAUUGCCCCUCAGAAUGCUUUUGAUUGCCAAAAUUUCCAAGUAAACCCAGAGUCUUCUGGCUCCUCCACUACAAAUUACUACAUAGAUGGAACCUAAUAUGGAAAAUCUGACUACAGGGACAAAAAUCCUCAGUUUCUAUCUGUUGACACUAAUGAACACUACACAGCACAUUAAAGUCAAUCUGUAUGUGUUUCUUUGAUUACAAGGCCCAAGGGACUUAAAUAAUGACAAGAUGCGUGGCUUGUGAUUCCAAUGUUAAAGAUAUUUGACCAAGCUAGGAAAACUGCUUUUUGAAUGAAAAAGCUGCCAAGAAAUACUAAAUCUGGGAUAUCAUCAACCAGCAAAAUUUUCUAGUUUCCCAUUGAGUGUUUUGAAGCACACACCAUCUUGUGUUCCAGUCCUCCUUGAUUAUCGAAAAAUGUAGCAGUUGUAAAUAGAUAGAAAAAUAUAAAGGAAAGUUUUUCCUGGGAUAGGGUGGGGAGAAGAAGAAUAUCAGUGAUGACAAAUAAUUGCAUAAAAAGACAAGUAUGUAUGCUGUAGUCUCCAAUAGAAUAUGGAAUUCCAUGUUAUGGCAAUAUGACUGCAUUUAUCGCAUUUAUUAUUGUCUUCAGAAAUUGCUUUCCUUUUUUCCUGGUCUCAAAUGUACUUUGGUGCCACCUACUGGCUAACAUGGAAUUCAAUUGUUGGUUUAUUUUGGCUUAGUUCUAUCUUAAAAUAGAUCUCAACCCUAUAAUGUUUUAUAAUAGCAUAUGUUAAAAAUUUUGCAUAAAUGAUUGUUUUUCCUUACAACUUUACUAUAUGAAUGCAGCAUAAAGGUAGCCACAGAUAUGCUUUGCACAAAGUUUAAAUUAGAAUAUAAAUUGUUCAAUUUUAUUGUACUUCCUAUAUAUGUACAAUUUUCAUAAAAUAUUUUGUAAAAACCCUAAUAAAUUAUCAAAUUUAAAUUUUA